AUGGUAGCGCAGCAGACUUCUAAUCUGAAGGUUGUGGGUUCGAGUCCCACCUUGGUUGCCAUUUUUUAUGAUUUUUAAAUUUAAAAUAACCAAAAAAUGACAACUUUGUAAAAACUAAAAUAAUAAUAAUUUCUCAUUAAGAAAUAGAUCUAACCCAAUCAACUUCAAAAAAAUAACAAAUAAUUGAUGCCUAAAAAUUUAUGA